AUGCUGUGUAUACGUACGGCUGGCUGGCUGGCAGUUUCAGUUCAGUGGGGAUGUGUAGUGCUCGAUGAGGCUAGUUGGUUAGGUGAGUAUCGUGCAUUGCUGGUGGUACCUGGGCUAGCCGGCAGUCACGAGGGACUGGAGCCAGUCGCACGAUUGCAUGAUGUACGGCACGGUACUGUUUUGGGUGUUGUACUGUACGAUAUGGCUGCGGCCAUGUGCAGUAGGCAUGGCCUCAGUUGUUACACGCGAGCGUGCACGCGUGCAUGUCCCCCAAACAAAUCGCCACUCUUUGGGCAGCAUAUCGCCGCACUUUCUACAACUGCAUCAUCACUCGCAAUGCCGAUCACUCGUAUUCACGCUCGUCAAAUCUACGACUCUCGUGGUAACCCAACCGUUGAGGUUGAUUUGACCACUGAGAAAGGUUCGAAUUUCAUCAUCGUUUCGGGAAAGUCUCAUUACAUUUUCGGGCGGGAAAAGGCUUGGGAAGUCGGGAAGGUUGCGAUUGACAGGACAAGUCUGAAUAAUAGUCACGCAUGGAUUGUGUACUGUAGAGUGGCAGUAGGGCAACAUGAGUGUGCAUCGCCUGUAUUGGAACUGCUAGGUGUUUUCCGUGCUGCGGUACCAAGCGGUGCGUCCACCGGAGUGCAUGAGGCGCUCGAGCUCCGUGACGGAGACAAAGCCGUCAACCAUGGUAAGAGCGUGCUGAAGGCUGUCGCGAAUAUUAAUGACAAGAUUGCACCUGCGAUUGUGGCCAAGACCAGCAGUUCUGAGGAGAUUCUCCGUGUGGUUGAGAUUUUGUAUGGUCCGAAUCUGAGAACCUCUUUCCUGGGUAUUUUCUCGAGGCUGAGGCCACUGAAGGGUCCGAAGGAAUCGGUGAUGGUAAGUUCUAAGAACUUCUGCUCCACCCAACAAAAGGAAAUCGAUCAGUUCAUGCUGGAUAUGGACGGAACUGCGAAUAAAGCGAAUUUGGGUGCGAAUGCAAUUCUGGGCGUUUCGUUGGCGGUCGCCAAGGCUGGAGCAGUGCACAAGGGAAUGCCACUCUACAAGUAUAUCGCUGAAUUGGCCGGUGUGAAGCAGGUAGUUAUGCCGGUGCCGUCGUUCAACGUUAUCAAUGGAGGAUCGCAUGCAGGAAACAAAUUGGCCAUGCAGGAGUUUAUGAUUAUGCCAAUCGGAGCGAAGAAUUUCACCGAAGCAAUGCGAAUGGGCUCUGAGAUUUAUCAUCAUUUGAAGGCAGAGAUCAAGAAACGUUACGGUUUGGAUGCGACAGCAGUCGGAGACGAGGGUGGCUUUGCGCCGAAUAUUCAGGAUAACAGGGAGGGGUUGGACCUGUUGAACACGGCCAUUGCUCUGGCUGGUUAUACUGGCAAGGUGUCGAUCGCUAUGGACACGGCUGCGUCCGAAUUCUACAAGGCCGAUGAGAAAAAAUACGAUCUAGACUUCAAGAAUCCGAAUUCGGAUAAGAGCCAAUGGAAGACUGGAGAUCAACUGGCCGAGAUUUAUCACUCGUUCGUAAAGGAGUAUCCAAUUGUGUCCAUUGAAGACGCAUUCGACCAGGACGAUUGGGAGAAUUGGACCAAAUUCAAGAGUACUCUUAACAUUCAGUUGGUUGGAGACGACUUGACGGUCACAAACCGUGAGCGUAUUCAGAUGGCGAUUGAUAAGAAGGCGUGCGACUGCCUUUUGUUGAAGGUGAACCAAAUUGGAUCCGUCACGGAGUCGAUCGAGGCAGCCAAGCUUGCGCGUGCAAACGGAUGGGGCGUGAUGGUUUCGCAUCGUUCUGGCGAGACUGAGGACACGUUCAUCGCAGAUUUAGUGGUGGGUUUGGCCGUAGGACAGAUCAAGACCGGUGCGCCGUGCCGUUCGGAACGUUUAGCCAAAUACAAUCAGCUUCUGCGAAUCGAGGAAGAGCUCGGCUCGGCGGCCGUUUACGCAGGAGAGAAGUUCAGAAAUCCGCAAGCCUAAAUUUGUGGCCGUCUGACCUGCCCAGAUUUUGGCAAUUUCAUCAGCUGAAGUUUUGGUACCACACCCCCCCCCCUCCACGAAUUUUGUCAACUUUUUGUGAAUUUCGGUGUUUAUUUAUUAUCGUUGUUGUUGUGCGUCCGGUGUUACAUAAUUGUCACUGCAAUUUCUCUUCGUAAUCAGUUUCAAUAGUUCCAUUUCAGUUUUAACAUGUUUUUUGUGCUAAUGUUAUGUUAGGAUGGAUGUAUGUUCUAUGAUAUUAUGCAUCUGCUAUUGAACAGUAUUCUCGCUGCUGAAUUAUUGAAGCCUGUAAUAAUGCAUUCUGUCGCUCUGCAAACCCGUAGCAACUGGCGGAAUGUAGCGGGGUUCGUGUUAAUUUUAGAUUAUUUUCGGGGUAGGAUUCCCCUCAUGCAGAGGUAAUGUUUCUUCAGCAUAGCGAAUUGAUUUUAUACGUGUUAUCUUUUCAAUUUGAAAGGUUUUUAACUUAUUAAUAGUAAUAAUUUUCUCGUUUGUUAUAAUUAUUAUUAUUGAUAGAAGUUUUUUACUUAAUUGCAGUGUUGUCUUUUGUAAAACUGUUAUAAAUCAUAAGGACU